UCUGGAGGGCCUGUAGAUGGGGCUGUUGAGCAGUGGAUGAAUGAAUGCGGGUGGAGGCUUAGGGCUUGGGCUCUUGUGACGGACAGGUGGGACUAUAGACACAGGCUCUCUGGGCUGCUAUAGUGAAUGGAGUGCAGUUAUAACAUGCACAGUUAUGAGGUUGUACUGGAACGCCCUCAUGGAGUGAAUACAAAGAACCUUUCUGCAUGUGCCUGCUCUUACAUGACUGCAUUUCCCUUAACCGCCGCCUCACACACAACUUUUUGGGCAGCUCCACGUUCUGCACUGCUGUUCAGUCUCAGCUGAGACACCGCACUGAUCCACUGCUGGGAGCUGCCUCAUGAACUGCCUUGUUGCGCUCUUCUUCCAGCUGUGUGGCAUUGGAUCAUUUCCUCCAAGUUCCAGAGCGUAUCAAAAAGGAUUUGCGGCUUGCACUGAGUUUAUUGCGCCAGUACCAGGUGUAAAAUAUGGCGGAUCCCUCUCACCUCCUUAAACAUAAUGCCUCUGUGGACAUUGAUGAUUCCCAAGGGGAUGAUGGCUCCAACCAUAAUGACAGUUUCCCACUAUCAUCUCUCGCAAACCUGUUUGAAAAUGAGGAAAGUUCAGCACCCAAUGAAGGGGUCCGAAGUCCCCAGGUUCCAGGAGAUAAUAAGCAGAACCUUAGAAUAAGGUUUCAAGGACCUUUCAGAAAGGGUAUAUCCAACCCUAUGGACCUUCUUGAAUCCACCAUUUAUGAAUCUUCUGCACCAAAAAAAGCACCCAUGGACUCUUUGUUUGGUUAUGAGACCUAUCACCAUCACCCUACAGAAAACAGGCGCAAGCGGAAGAAAAUACUUUUAGAAAAGGAGAAUUUGAAUUCACAGGCUCCAAGUCCGGAUCCUCCUCCAGUCAUAAAAAUGUUUAAUAGGCACAUGCUUUUUGAUAUUGUCUCACGGGGCUCCACAGCAGAAUUGGAGGGAUUCCUGCCCUUCUUGUUGGCUCAGAAGAAGCGACUGACAGAUGAAGAAUUUCGAGAAGCAUCUACAGGGAAGACUUGUUUGACCAAAGCUCUGAUGAAUCUGAAUGGCGGCAAAAAUGAUACCAUCCCUAUGUUAAUCGACAUUGCGGAAAAAACUGGCAAUCUGCGGGAAUUUAUUAACUCACCCUUCAGAGAUGUUUAUUAUAGAGGCCAAACAGCUCUUCACAUAGCUAUUGAGAGGCGCUGCAAACAUUAUGUUGAGUUGCUGGUGGAGAAGGGGGCUGAUGUUCAUGCUCAGGCCAGAGGACGUUUCUUUCAACCAAAGGAUGAAGGGGGCUACUUUUACUUUGGUGAGCUUCCUCUUUCCCUUGCGGCCUGCACCAACCAGCCUGAUAUUGUUCACUAUUUGACGGAGAAUGCUCAUAAGAAGGCAGAUAUACGCCGCCAGGAUUCACGUGGUAAUACAGUUCUGCAUGCCUUGGUCGCUAUUGCAGACAACACACGGGAAAACACCAAAUUUGUCACCAAGGUGUAUGAUCUUCUGGUCAUUAAGUGUGUUAAGUUGUACCCCGACUCUAGCUUGGAGGCCAUCUUUAACAAUGACAGCAUGUCACCUCUCAUGAUGGCAGCAAAACUGGGGAAAAUAGGGAUAUUCCAGCAUAUCAUCCGUCUUGAAAUAAAAGAUGAAGAAGCUCGGCAUCUCUCACGAAAGUUCCGGGAUUGGGCAUAUGGCCCAGUUUAUUCCUCGCUUUAUGACUUGUCUAUGUUGGAUACCUGUGGGGAAGAGGUUUCUGUACUGGAAAUCCUGGUUUACAACAGUAAGGUUGAGAACCGCCAUGAGAUGCUGGCAGUGGAGCCCAUAAAUGAACUAUUAAGGGACAAAUGGCAGAAGUUUGGUGCAGUUUCUUUCUACAUUAGUGUUGUAUCUUACCUCAUUGCCAUGAUCAUCUUCACAUUAAUUGCAUAUUAUCGGCCCAUGGAUGGCACGCCCCCUUACCCUUACAGAACAACAAUGGAUUACAUGCGGCUUGCGGGAGAGAUCGUUACUCUGCUGACUGGGGUAGUCUUCUUCAUUACCAAUAUAAAAGACCUUUUUAUGAAGAAAUGCCCUGGAGUAAAUUCUCUCUUUAUUGAUGGAUCCUUUCAGCUACUUUACUUUAUCUACUCUGUGCUGGUCAUUAUCACGGCUGUACUGUAUCUUGUUGGUAUCGAAUCUUACCUGGCUGUUAUGGUGUUUGCCUUGGUCUUAGGAUGGAUGAAUGCUCUGUACUUCACAAGAGGCUUAAAGCUCACUGGGACAUACAGCAUUAUGCUUCAGAAGAUCCUAUUUAAAGAUUUGUUUCGCUUUCUGCUGGUGUACCUGCUCUUUAUGAUUGGCUAUGCAUCAGCUUUGGUGUCCUUGUUGAAUCCCUGCACCAGCCAGGAAAGCUGCAUUGAAACCAGCAGCAAUUGUACUGUUCCAGAAUAUCCUUCCUGUCGAGACAGCAGCACAUUCAGCAAAUUCCUGCUAGACCUCUUCAAACUGACCAUUGGAAUGGGAGACCUAGAGAUGAUCAACAGUGCCAAGUACCCUGCAGUCUUCAUCAUUCUGUUGGUUACCUACAUUAUCCUUACCUUUGUUCUCCUCCUUAACAUGUUAAUCGCUUUGAUGGGGGAGACUGUUGGUCAGGUAUCCAAAGAAAGCAAGCAGAUCUGGAAAUUGCAGUGGGCUACCACAAUCCUAGAUAUAGAGAGGUCAUUUCCAGUCUGUAUGAGGAAAGCCUUCCGCUCAGGAGAAAUGGUCACAGUUGGAAAGAAUUUAGAUGGCACCCCAGAUCGGCGCUGGUGCUUUAGGGUGGAUGAAGUGAACUGGUCCCACUGGAAUCAGAAUCUUGGUAUCAUUAAUGAGGAUCCUGGAAGGAAUGACGGUUAUCAGUAUUACGGUUUCUCUCAGACAGUGGGCCGCUUGCGAAGAGAUCGGUGGUCUGUUGUGGUCCCACGGGUGGUAGAACUUAACAAAGCCCCCCAACAUUCAGACGAUGUUGUGGUGCCUCUUGGAAAUAUCCCACAAGUCCAGACUUAUAGCCAAAGACAGGAAAAUGCACAGAACUGGAAGAAAGAUGAAACCCACAUUUAAUUGAAUGUGGCAUCAAGUAGAGCGCUCAGCCAUAAACUCCCUCUUUGUUAAGCAAAGGCUAAGAGCCAGGAGGUCCAGCACUAACUGCUCCGCUUGAGGAAUUCAUGGGACGUUGCGCAUUUGCACAGAUGCCUACAUGUUACACGACUGGUAUAAUUACAGCAGGAGUUCCUGAUCAUUAUGGCAGACUGAAAAAAAAUGUUUUUAACUGUAGUUGUGGGUGUGUGCGAGCGUGCAUGUGUGUGCGAGUGAGAAGGCAUAUUAGGAAAUCAAGCCAAUAGAAAUCAGUAAGGCUAGUUCUAAUGACUGAUAUCUGCAGUGGGAGGAAAUCCAAUGUGCGAUGGUUAUUUUUAAUGACAGAAGUUAUUUUAAAUUAUUGUAUAUUUUGAGUCUACUCAUUGCCAUUUGUAUUAUCAGUGUUAUUUCAUGAGGAGGAACCUGACCAAAAUAAAAAUUUCACGACUUUAUAUA